CCUGCCCCUCAAACCAUGGGGCCUGUCAGCUACUCAUCAGAGACCUAUGACUUGAGCCAGGUGGAGCUGAGCGGUUACUACGAAGCUGAGAACACCACCCCUUCUUUGGAGGGCUACUUUUGCUUCAACCCAGCCUCAUCUGUGGUUGGCAACCAGGGAGACCCCUUCAGAAAGGUCUUCAUGCCCCUCAUCUAUCUGCUGAUGUUUGUGUUGGGGACUCUGGGAAAUGCUCUGGUCCUGGUCAUUUUAGAGAGGUUCAAGCGGUCUCGUACCACCACAGAAAACUUCCUUUUCCACCUCACCCUGGCCAACCUGGCACUGUUGUUCACCUUCCCAUUCAGUGUGGUGGAGAGCUUGGCUGGGUGGGUGUUUGGGAAGUUCCUCUGUAAGAUACUCAGUGCUGUCCACAAGAUCAAUUUCUACUGCAGUAGCAUGCUGCUGGGGUGCAUCGCAGUGGACCGUUACCUGGCCAUCGUCUAUGCAAUCCACACCUACCGCAAGCGCAGAGCUCGCUCCAUCCACCUCACCUGCGCGGCUGUCUGGCUCUGCUCACUGCUUCUGACUUUACCCGAUCUCGUCUUCAUGGAAGUCUGGACAGAUGACAGCAACCGCAGCAUUUGCUAUUUUCCAGAGGUUGGGAUUGAUGGAAACAAUGCAUGGCUGGCAACUCGCUUCCUCUACCACACCGUGGGCUUCUUUGUGCCCCUGCUGGUCAUGAGUUACUGCUACAUGGCCAUCAUCCGGGCACUGUGUCAGUCCCAGCGCCUGCAGAGGCAAAAAGCUGUCCGUGUGGCCAUCCUGGUCACAGGCAUCUUCCUCCUGUGCUGGAGCCCAUACCACAUCGUCAUCUUCCUGAACACACUUACCAAGCUAGAAGCCUUCACCAAGAGCUGCCAUCUGGAAGACCAACUGGACACAGCCAUCAUGGUGACAGAGGCCAUCGGUUUCACACACUGCUGCCUCAACCCCAUCCUCUACGCUUUUAUUGGGGUCAAGUUCCGUAAUGACUUCUUCCGGAUCCUUCAGGAGCUUGGCUGCAUAAGCCAGGAGACCCUGCAGGAGAUUCUGGAGGUGACAAGGAAGGGUAGUGGGAUAGAGUCUGACAACACCACCUCCAUCUCCACUUUCUAG